AUGGACAAACGGCUAGCAGAGAAGAUGGCGGAAAACACUGAUCCAGAAAUCAACACAUCAGCCGCCCUGAUACAACUACCGCCAUACAACUCAAUCAACACCAGGAGUUGGUUUAUUCAACUUGAGGCCAUAUUUUCAGCCAGAAAGGUCACACGACAGGACACUAAGUACGCCUCCGUGGUACAAGCCUUACCAGCAUCGAUUGUUGAAGAAGUGGAAGACAUCCUUCUCAAUACUCCGGACCAACUCCCAUACACCUGCCUCAAAGAAGCCAUCCUCAAACGAACUGGACAUUCGGACGAAGACCUCAUCAGAGACCUAUUCUCUAAUGUGUCUCUCGGCGAUAGAACGCCAUCCCAGCUCCUCCGCCUCGGGAACAACACCAUGGCAGAACCCAUCCUCCGAGGGCUAUGGAUGGAUCGGUUACCACCGAAUAUAAUGCAAGUCCUAGCCCUGGUACCAGUAGAAACGCCCCUUGACAUUGUGGCCGAUUCAGCCGACAAAAUAUACUCCCAAGCUCACCAAAAAGUUCACCAGGUUGAAAACCACGGAAAUCACACACUACGCCUCGAAGAGGAGAUGACCCAGCUACGCACAGAGUUGAGAGACUUGAAACUUUCCCUAUGCCGGAAGCAGCGAAGCCCAGCACCACGCACACGAAAUCGAAGCCGUACCCGCAGCUCAAGUCCAGGACGGAGAAACACGGCAAAUGGCUCCACCAUAGAAACCUAUGGGACCAAGGACCUUACCUUAAACAUCAACCUCAGGCGCGACUUCAAGUGGUCAUUCACUGUAGCUGACGUCAAGACACCCUUGCUCGGUGCCGACUUCUUGGCACAUUACAACCUGGCUGUCCAUAUGAAGACGAGGACCCUGUCCGACAACACGACAUCCAUCAAGAUCACAGGGAUCCCUUCGGGCUUCAACACAACUAGGAUCAGCGUGGCAACACAGCACGACCCACGCUACGUAGAAAUCCUGCUCCGGUACAAGCACCUCACGCAACCCAUCAAACCAACUGAUGCAGGCGACCAUCAGACCCAACAAAAGACCAAUAAAGACCACCGGACAACCAGCUUAUUCACGGCCACGACGACUCCCUCCACACAAAUUAGCAUAUGCCAAGAAAGCGUUUGA